AAUUGUUAAAAGAGUUAAUCUUUCCACUUUUUCUGACUAUUUGUAUUGUAAUCCAGACAAUUGUGCAAACGCCAAGAAAAUGUCACCCUAUACCAAGAUGGACAUCAAAUGGAGUGGCAACAAAAUGGUGGAAGGUGGUGAAGUUUCUAAAACAAUGGAGUGCCUAAGAAGGAGAUUACUAGCAGAGAGGCACGCAUCAUUACUUGCCAAAGAGGAGGCAGAGGUCAUGGACAAAAGGUCAUCAGAAUUAGAGAAGCAGAUCACAAAGCAGAUUCAAAUGAAAGCAAGAGCAGAAAAGAAGCUUCAAUUACUAAAGAAAAAGCUCGAAUCACUUAACCUUUCUUCCACGAUGGUGAACUCAGAGGCUUCAAUUUCGUCGGAAAUUUGCAACGAAGAUGAACCGAAAACCCUAAUCGAAGUUCCGCCUCUCCCAAGAAACUCCAAGGGCAUUAAUGAAAUUUCUCAUUCGGAAGAAGAGAAUCCAAAUGCUCGUGGUUCUACAGCCUCGAACAUCUCUGCUUCUAAAAUUUACUCCGACGAACCUUCAAAAACGAAGACCGGAAGUUGUGGAAAGGAAUUUGAUUCCGUCGACGAUUCACUUGCAAUCGCUGCAGUGGACUCGCCGGAAAAAUCAGAAACCGGCGAGCAGUUGAAGCCGGUGAUCAGUGAAAGGAUCAUUGAAGUUCUUAAUGAUCUGAAGCGCGCCCGUGGGAGAAUUCAAAGCUCAAUGAAAAUUUGUGAACACAUGAUUGAAGUCAGCCCAGUUUGAACUCAAAUGUGUGUGAAAGAAAGGGAAUGGGCCUUAUAGAAAGGCCCAUCAGACAAAGCCCAUCAGAUCUUGGUUUAAGUACUUUUUUAAUACGGUAAUUACAAUAGGUAGCAAUUUUUAGAAUAAUUAUUAAGUAUGUAUCAAUAUUUUAAAAAAUUUGCAAAUAUAGCAAAAUCUAUCGGUGAUAGACUUCUAUCAUUGAUAGACUCUUAUGGUUUAUCAGCGAUAGAUAGACAAACAUUUGUUACAUGAUCUAUCUGUGAUAUAUUCUUAUCAUUGAUAGAUUUUUAUAGAUUUUGCUAUAUUUGCAAUUUUUUAAAAAUGUUGUUAUAUACUUCAUUAUUUUGAAUAUAAUUGCUAUAUUUGCAA